AUGUUUUUGAGCGUUUUCAAAAUGAGCGUACAGAAGGUGAUCGAAGAGAAGUUAAGCUCAGCCUUGAAGCCCACCUUCCUCGAGUUGGUGGAUAAAUCCUGUGGCUGCGGAACAGCCUUCGAUGCAGUCAUAGUGUCUAGUAACUUCGACAGUAAGAGGUUGCUGGACAGACAUAGAAUUGUUAACGAUGUUAUAAAGGAUGAAUUGCCCAACAUACACGCUUUCUCUAUGAAAUGUCACACACCCACCGAGUUUGAGAAGUUGAGGAAGAACCAAACAUGA